ACGCGUCCCCAGCAGCUUGUGGGGUCCGGACUCCGUUGACAGAGUGUCUGAUCCGGAUCGUGGACCUGGUCUUUCAGGCAGUCGGUCGCGGUCUUCUUCAGCUCCUCCACCCAGCUUCCCCUGCGGAGCUGCAACAUGCUGCUGCCGGGAAACAACUCCUUCGGCUGGGCUGAACUCCUGGAGUCGAACCGGUCCGAGGCGGAGAGCGACGGUUCCGGGCCGGAGGCGGCGGUCGUGCCGGUGGUGUUCGGGCUGAUCUUUGUGGUGGGGAUGGUGGGGAACUCUCUGGUGAUGGUGGUGAUCGGGAAGGUGACGUACGGCGUCACCGGGGGACUUGGUGGGCGAGGAGGGGGGAGGCGCUCCAGCAGCCCGACCAACAUCUUCAUCCUGAAUCUGAGCGUGGCGGACCUCAGCUUCCUCCUCUUCUGCGUCCCCUUCCAGGCCACCAUCUACUCUCUGCCGGAGUGGGUGUUCGGAGCCGUCCUCUGUAAGUUCGGACACUACUUCUCCACCGUCAGCAUGCUGGUGAGCAUCUUCACGCUCGUGGCCAUGUCCGUGGACCGCUACAUCGCAGUGGUGCUCUCCAAGAAGUCCCCGUGCGUCCGGAGCCGCAGGAACGCGCUGGCUGGAGUGUGCGUCAUCUGGACGCUGUCCCUGGUGUGCUCGGUGCCGGUGGCCCAGCAUCAGGUCCUAACCAACCACCCCAGCGCCCCCAACAGCACCUUCUGCUGGGAGACGUGGUCCGGAGCCUCCAAACACACGUACAAGGUGACCAUCCUGCUGAUCGGAUACCUGCUGCCGCUGCUGCUCAUCAGCUGCUGCUACUCUAAGGUUUUGUUUCAUCUUCAUAAAAAGAUGAAGAACAUGUCCAGGAAGUCUGAGCGCUCCAAACGAAAG